AUGGCAGCCGCCGCGGCCGACAGAAGCUCCGGCGACUACUUCGCCGUGGCUUGCGGCGUGGCAGGGGAAAGCGCGUGCUCCACUUCCUUCUUCAGCGCGCCGCCCAGCCCAGCCCGCGACCCGUCGUUCCAUGCCGCCGCCGGUUUCUGUUUCAGUGCGCCGGUGAGCCCCGCGCGAGGCGCCGAUGGCUGUGACUACGACUACGACUUCGACUUCUCUUCGCAGUUCCCUUCGCCCGCUGCCGCCACAAUGUCAUCCGCCGACGAGCUGUUCCACAACGGCCAGAUCCGCCCAAUGCGGCUCUCCUCCUUCCUCCUCCGCUCGCCGGCACCCCCGCCUCUCGCGGACCGCCCCACCGGCGGCCGGUUGAUGCCCCUUGAGGCAGCGGCGCCAACGGACGAGCGCGGCCGUCUCCGGAGCCGGUCCGUGCACCGCAAGACCCGCUCACUCUCCCCAUUCCGCGCCCGCUGGAUGUCGCCUUUAUCUUCGCCUGCUCGGGGGAAAGAUUCUGUCGAGACGCCGACAUCAGCUUCGCGGUCGUCGUCGUCCUCCUCCAAUACCUCGUCCGGGUCCUCCUCGACCUCGAGAAACUACCGCCGGUGGCGGUUCUUCAAGAACCUCGUCCACCAGAAGAAGCCCGACGGUUCCAAGCACCGACCUCCAGCUUCGCUUCCGCCGGCGCCAACGCCAGCACGCCCCAACAAGAACGCCUCGCUGGCAGCUCCCAAGACGAACACCACGCCGGCGGUGGGGAGGCGCGGGAGGAGGGGGUCGGCGCACGAGCGGCUCUACGAGGCGAGGCGGGCUGAGGCGGAAGACAUGCGGCGGCGCACUUUCCUGCCGUACCGGCAGGGGCUGCUUCUCGGCUGCCUUGGGUUUGGCUCCCGCGGCUACGGCGCCAUGCACGGCCUUGCUGCCGCCAAGUCCAGGCCUUGA